UGCCAUUGGUACUACUGACAUUUUGGACCUUAUAAAAAAAAACCAACUAGAUCGAAGUGGUUGUACUUGUACCACACUGUAUUGAUAGUUGUAUGAUAAACCGAUCGGAAUACAUCACCUUGGAAAAAAAUAGUUAGCUGGUGAAAAGAGCAGGUAAAAGAUGAGCAUGAUUAAAGUGAAAGAAACUACGAUAGUGUGCCCAGCCGAGGAUACGCCGAAGGAGAGUAUAUGGUUGUCAAGGCUAGACAUGAUAGGGUCACCUUAUUCACAUUUGAAUGUUAUGUUCGUUUUUCCUAAUAUUAGUAACGCUCCUGACUUUUUCGACUCUAAUGUUGUUAAAGAGGCUCUAAGUAAGAUCCUCGUGCCAUUCUACCCCUUGGCAGGCAGGCUAAAAGUUAACAACGAAAGUGGAAGACGUGAGAUCGAUUGCAAUGGAAAAGGGGUCGUAUUUAUAGAGGCAGAAACUACGAUAAUGCCACUCGUAAUUGACGAUGAUUUUGGAGAAAAGUACAUGAGUCCGGAUUCUGAAAUUGGGAAGGAUCUAUUUCCCAAGUGUGACUACUCCUCCGCCAGGGAGGAUCUUUCUUUGUUGCCUUUACUAUUUGUGCAACUCACUCGAUUCGAAUGCGGGGGUGUUUGUCUUGGGUUUGCACAUCAUCACCAUUUUUCAGAUGGAGCUUCUUUUUUCCAUUUCGUUAACGAAUGGGCAAGACUUGCUAAGGGACUCGACGUUGCUAUUUACCCUGUUCAUGAUCGUGCUACGUAUCUUGCUCCACGUCAUCCUCCUCAGGUUAACUUUCGUCAUUUGGAAUAUGAGCCAUCUAUUCCACCCUUGAUCCCCAAACCCGUCACAGGUGAUGUGGUGAAGGAAAUAGAGUGCGUCUUAAAAAUAAGUAAAGAGCAAAUUGAUGCCUUGAAACUAGAAGCAACGUCUGAGGGAGUGCUAAGUUAUAAGCCGAGUACAUUUGAAGUGUUAUCUGGGCACGUGUGGCGUACCGCAUGCAAGGCGCGUGGAUUAGCCGAUGAUCAAGACGUGAAACUAAUAAUACCAACAAAUGGACGAUCCAGAUUGAAGGAUCCGGCAUUGCCGCAAGGGUAUUGUGGGAAUGUCAUGUUCUUUUCCAUAUGCGUUGAGAAGGCAGAAAAUGUGAUACGAAAACCACUAUGGUAUGUUGCCAAUAAAAUUCACGAGGCGAUAAAACGUUACGAUGAUAUUGAAUACGUACGAUCCAAUAUUGAUUAUGUGGAAUCACACCUGGAUCUAGCGGUUCUCGCGGCCACUAUCCGUGGCCGUAACAGUUUUACUUGUCCGAACCUUUCGAUAAAUUCAUGGGCCAGACUACCCUGUUAUGAGGCGGAUUUUGGGUGGGGCGGCCCAGAAUUAACGACUGCUAGUAGAAUCCAAUCUGAGGGGAAAUCAUACAUCACUUCAAGCUCAAAUGGGGAUGGUAGCUUUUCAGUUUUCAUCAAGCUUUUCACGCCUCACAUGGCUCUCUUUAAAGAUUAUCUGUAUGACUUCUAACUUGAUACAUCCACACCUUCAAAUCAUGUUUAAUGUUUUUUUUUUGUUUUUUUUAUGUUGAUUUGAGUCGCUUUGGGUGAUGUUUAAAGUCAACAUCAGUACGUUCGUCUUUGUCCUGUUAAAAUAAGUCGUAUUUUUUAAUGAUUUAUUAGUAGUCCUACACGGUUUUACUAGUCCCUAAGGAUUAGAGUUUACGUGGACAAAAAAAUUGUAUGUUAUUUAUGAAAAACUUGACGUCAACAAUCCCA